UCAAGCCUACUAAACCAAGAAGGAUCAGAAUCAGAAUGUCCCUUUUUUAAGUUCUUCUUUUUACUUCCUCCUUUGAUUCGGCCAUCAUCAAAUUUGUUGGUCUUUUCUUCCGUGUUAGAGAGAAACAUCAACCAACCACAAUGUCAACUGCCAAGAAGAAGACCAGGAAGCUGCGAGGACAUGUCAGCCAUGGACAUGGUAGAAUUGGUAAGCACAGGAAGCACCCUGGUGGUCGAGGUAACGCUGGUGGUAUGCACCACCACCGUAUUAACUUUGACAAGUACCAUCCUGGAUACUUUGGAAAGUUGGGUAUGAGGAACUACCACCUCCGUCGCAACCAGAAAUUCUGCCCGACCGUGAACCUCGACAAGCUCUGGACUCUGGUCAGUGAACAGACGAGGCUCAAAUACAAGAACAACCCCGAGGGCAAGGCUCCUGUCAUUGACGUUGUCAAAGCGGGCUACUACAAAGUCCUUGGAAAGGGCAGGAUACCCAAGCAGCCUGUGAUCGUUAAGGCCAAGUUCUUCUCCAAGAGCGCCGAAGACAAGAUUAAGGCAGUUGGUGGAGCCUGUGUCCUGCAAGCGUAAUUUUUAUAAAUAAAACUGUUAAAAUUUU